ACUCGGAGGACGGGGAGAGGGAUGCUGCCUCCGUCAGCCUGUCUGAGGACGCCAAGGGAAGGACACGCGUGAGCCCCUUCUUUGUGUUUUCGCACACUUGGACUUUUUCAGAAUUUCUUUCUUUCUUCGGGUUUGUUGGAGAGGAGCGCGUGCACGAAAGGACCGCACAUUGUUGACUGGCAUCUCGUCAGAGAACGGUGCACUUGACGGGAAUAUAGUGGCUGCUUCGAGAUCCGCAAUGUUCCGAACGGUACUGUAGGUCACCCUGUAACCACACGGGGCACAGAUGAAUACCCAACCUGCGGCAAAGCAAUCAUCUUUAUGUCCUUGCUCCACUAAAUCUCAUCCAAGCCCCAUGAAGCCAGAGAGAAGAUUUAUAGCCCUUCUCAAUAAACAGCAUAAAACAAACAGUUCUGCCCGCUCGUUGGGCGACAUGGCCGACUCGAGUCGGCCAGCAGGCCUGAAUUAGUGCCGCAGAGCCACCCGGACCAACGCUUUUGUGCCCCUGGUGUGAACACUCAUUAAUUUAAAGUGGUCAUAUCUCACUGGUCUCCAAUCAAAGUGUAUUUGUGCCAUUACUGUCCAGAACAGCCUCAGCGCAUAAUGGAGGUGGCCCAGUGGGAAAGGAAGUGCGAGACGCUGCCAAGAGAUGAAUGAAAAAGCUUUUCACCUUCAACUGUGAUGAAAACUCAUCCAAUUUCAGCUUUAUCAUGAUUAGCCUGACACAACUGCAAAUGUUGGAAUGGACCGGGCAGUGGACGACAAUCAGCCGGGACGUCUGUCUUUCUAAAGAGAAGGAGAGAUUUUACGGAUGCUCCAACCCAAUUCCUCUGGUCUACCUGACUGCAGUCUUGGCCCUGCACCCUGACUUUGAGUGAUUAGCAAUUGCCUCCAAGGGCAAUUGCACAGCAAGACAAGAACAACAACAACAACAAAACGAGUCUCUUGAGAGUUUUCGGGGAAGCUCUGCUGCAGUGGAAUGUGGAGGUGGCAGGGCUGGUGAGUCAUUCACCUCAGCAGAUGCAACAAAUUAUUCAUCACCCGUGAACAGCGAAGAAUACAUAAUUUAGGAGGACCGAUUUCCGACCGGAGACCAAUAUGAAGGAGGUGUCGUUUGUGGAUCGUCUCUUUGUCGGCUUGGCCGUGGCUUCUUUUGUUGUGGCCGUUGAUAAACGGCCGGACUGCCCCAAACUUUGCGUAUGCGAGGACAGACCCUGGUUCUCCCCGAGUUCUGUAUACAUGGAGGCCCAGACUGUUGACUGUAAUGAUUUGGGACUGUUUAACCUGCCGGAGAAACUACCCGUGGGUACACAAGUACUGUUACUGCAAACGAAUAAUGUUGCAAAAAUAGACAACCCCUUGGAUUACCUCGCCAACAUCACCGAGAUUGAUUUAUCGCAAAAUAACAUCUCGUCCAUGAACGACGUCCAUCUCGGGAUUCUGUCUCAGCUUCUGUCGCUACAUAUGGAGGAGAACCGAAUACAAGAACUUCCCGACCGAUGUCUGGCGGAGGUGGCGAAUCUUCAAGAGCUCUAUCUCAAUCACAACCUCAUCUCCUUCAUUUCCAAAAUGGCUUUCCAGGGUCUCGGCAAGCUUCUACGACUCCAUCUCAAUUCUAAUAAGCUGAAAGUGAUUCGCAGAGAGUGGUUCCAACCCAUGCCCAACCUGGAGAUUCUAAUGAUCGGCGAGAAUCCCGUGCUCUCUAUCGACGAGAUGAAUUUCAAACCUCUCGGCAGCCUCCGCAGUCUGGUUCUCACCAGAAUGAACCUGUCGCAGCUCCCCGACAAGGCUUUGGUGGGCCUCGAUAACUUAGAAAGCAUUUCCUUCUAUGAUAACACUUUCCCGGAGGUGCCGCAUUCCGCCUUGAGAAAUGCAAAAAACUUGAAAUUUUUGGAUCUGAAUAAAAAUCCAAUUGCCAGAAUACAGCGAGGGGAUUUUGUGGACAUGCUGCAUUUAAAGGAGCUGGGGAUUAAUAGCAUGCCGGAGCUUGUCUCCAUCGACAGCUUCGCCCUCAAUAAUCUGCCUGAGCUCACCAAAAUAGAAGCCACCAAUAACCCCAAACUAUCUUACAUUCACCCCAACGCGUUCUACAAACUGCCGCGGCUGGAAACGCUCAUGCUCAACGGCAACGCUCUCAGCGCCCUCCACAGAAUUACCGUGGAGUCGCUGCCAAAUCUCAGAGAGGUUAGCAUGCAUAGCAACCCCAUUCGCUGCGACUGCGUGGUACGCUGGAUGAACAUGAACAAGACCAACAUUCGCUUCAUGGAGCCCGACUCGCUCUACUGCGUCGAGCCUCCGGAGUACGAGGGCCAGCAUGUCCGACAGGUUCACUUCAGGGAGAUGAUGGAGAUUUGUCUGCCGCUCAUAUCCCCCGAAAGUAUGCCCGGGCACAUCCGAGUACGGAGCAGGAACUCCGUGUCGCUCCAUUGCAGGGCCUUUGCCGAACCCGAGCCGGAGAUCUACUGGAUCACCCCGUCCGGGAAUAAAGUCAUGCCCAACACGGUGUCCGAUAAGUUCUACAUGCACCCGGAAGGGACCUUUGACAUCUACGACAUCACCGAAAAAGAAGCGGGUCCUUACACUUGCGUGGCCCACAACGUCGUCGGAGCCGAUCUCAAGUCGGUUUCCGUGGAGGUGAACGGAUAUUUCCCACAACCCGCAAACGGUUCUCUGGAUGUCAAGGUCAAGUCGGUCGAGACCAACGCCGUCCUGGUUUGGUGGAAGUCGAGUCCGGGCGCACUGGCUCCAAGUAUUAAAUGGUACGCCCUGUCAAACGCUCACCAUCCUGCCGCUUCCUUUUCCACCAGGGUGCCCUCUGACAUCCAAAUGUACAACCUUACCCAUCUCAGCCCUGCCACUCAGUAUAUAGUAUGCGUGGACGUCCGCAGUAUCCAUUACAAGCACGACACCAAAUGUGUCAAUGUCACCACCAAGGGAUUAGAGCUCACGGGCAAGGACACGGAAAAAUGGGACACGGCGCUAAUCACAUCCUUUGGUGUGCUCCUAGCUGGAAUUUCACUGGGCUGUCUACUUAUUUAUGUGUCUCUGAGGAUCCACCAACUUAAUGGGGAUUUAAGGAAAGGCGACUCCAAAGCUUUGCUGUUACCGACGGAAGCUUCAGACGGGCGCCCGACUUUCUUUCGCUUUUCCGGUAGGGUGCUGCCGAAUGGUGUGGAAGUGAAAGCGACGGUCAUCAACGUAUCUGACAAUGCCUUUUAAGGAGCUACGCCGAUUGGACUCGACUGGAGGCAGGUUGGACGACUACUGUUUAAAAAGCAACCCCAUGGCUCAGAUACUCUACGAUUGGACUGGGAUGGAACAAUGUCAACUGAAAAUCCCAGUCCAGGAACUCAGCUGAUGGGGUGGGCUUAGCAACUACGACGUACAUUGACCGGUCGGAUGAGGCGAUUAACUGCCAGAAGACGGAAAACACGGUUGGCGGAAAGAAAAGUUAUGGAAUGAUCACGAGAGGGAGGGUCAGAUCUAUUGUAACUGACUGUUCAAUUUGUUCAAGUUGUGGAACUGUCUGUGUGGUCCCAAGCAAUACCGUCUGUGCUUUGUCAAACAUCCAUAGGCGAGUUAGCGAAACAAUAAUAACACCUGUCUAUACCGGGGUGGGG